UCUGAUAUAUUGACUCACCAAACUUGUAUGAUUCUUCUCAUUUUUCCCUCACUUUCUCGACCAUUUUCUCGGAAAGCACAACAGGAUAGAAAGAGAGAGAGAGAGAAUGGAAGGAGGGAUACAUGGAGAAGGAAGUGCAGAUGCAUCAGCUUUCAGAGAAUGUUUUGCUCUGACAUGGAAGAACCCUUAUGUCCUUCGUCUCGCUUUCUCCGCCGGUAUCGGCGGCCUUCUCUUCGGCUACGACACCGGGGUGAUAUCAGGAGCUCUGCUUUACAUUAGGGAUGACUUCGAAACUGUGGACAGAGAGACUUGGUUACAGGAGAGCAUAGUGAGCAUGGCGAUAGCCGGGGCCAUAAUCGGGGCUGCCGUCGGGGGAUGGGCCAACGACAGGUUCGGGAGGAGAAGCGCCAUUCUAGCUGCGGAUUUCCUAUUCUUCAUAGGAGCUAUGGUCAUGGCCUUUGCUCCAAACCCAGCCCUCCUCAUUGUCGGCCGUGUCUUUGUCGGCCUCGGUGUCGGUAUGGCCUCCAUGACUGCUCCUCUCUACAUUUCAGAAGCUUCUCCCCCCAAAAUCCGAGGUGCCCUCGUCAGCACCAAUGGCUUCCUCAUCACCGGCGGACAGUUCUUGUCUUACCUCAUCAACUUAGCCUUCACCAGGGUACGGUAUACAUGGAGAUGGAUGCUUGGUAUUGCAGGGCUUCCAGCUCUUCUCCAGUUUAUAUUAAUGCUUCUACUCCCGGAGUCACCCCGUUGGUUAUACCGAAAGGGAAGAGAAGAAGAGGCGGAAGCGAUCCUGAGAAGGAUAUACCUGGCUGAAGAAGUGGAUAAGGAGAUUCAAGACCUGAAAGACUCGGUUGAAUCGGAAAUACGAGAAGAAGGGUCCACUGAGAAGAUCAACAUCAUCAAACUGUGCAAAACAAAGACCGUUAGAAGAGGCCUGGUUGCCGGUGUUGGCCUUCAGGUGUUUCAACAGUUUGUGGGCAUUAACACGGUCAUGUACUACAGCCCGACCAUCUUUCAGCUGGCCGGUUUCGCUUCAAACAGGACAGCCCUUCUCUUGUCUCUUGUCACUGCCGGGCUCAAUGCCUUUGGCUCGAUUGUCAGCAUUUACUUCAUCGAUAGGACAGGAAGGAAGAAGCUUCUGGUUAUUAGCUUGUGUGGAGUGAUAUUGUCACUCGGAGUUCUGUCUGCUGUUUUUUACGAGACAGCGUCUCAUGCUCCUGCAAUCAGCCAGCUCGAGACAUUCCGGUUCAAGAACAAUACCUGCCCAGAUUAUAGUACGGCUAGAGAUGCUGCUGGUUGGGACUGUAUGAAAUGUUUGAAGGCUUCUUCUCCAUCAUGUGGGUUCUGUGCUUCUCCCAGUGGAAAGCAACUCCCAGGUGCAUGCUGGAUCUCAAACGACUCGGUUAAAGACCUCUGCCAGAGUGAAGACAGGCUGUGGUACACGAGGGGGGGAUGUCCAAGCAGCUUUGGCUGGCUUGCCCUUGCGGGCUUAGCCCUUUACAUCAUUUUCUUCUCUCCCGGGAUGGGAACGGUCCCGUGGAUAGUGAACUCCGAGAUCUACCCUUUACGGUUCAGAGGAGUCUGCGGGGGAAUAGCCGCAACCGCAAACUGGGUAUCGAAUCUGGUAGUGGCACAGUCGUUCUUGUCAUUGACGGAGGCCAUAGGGACAUCUUGGACAUUCCUCAUCUUCGGGGUGAUCUCUGUCGUAGCUCUGGUCUUUGUCUUGGUCUGUGUCCCGGAGACAAAGGGUAUGCCGAUGGAGGAGAUCGAGCAAAUGCUGGAGGGAAGAGCUCUCCGGCUCAAGUUCUGGCAGAAGAGACCUCAACCUGUCAAGGAGAAGAACCAAACAGUGUGAGAAACUAAGAAAACAGAUGUAAAGAUUGGAGACUGGAUUUAUCUAUGUAAUGGACACACAUUUAGAACCAGUGAAGUUAAAUUGAAACU